AUGGAUGGACACUCCCUGGUCGGCGCCGGUUCCGCGUCGUUAAGCCCGACAAGCCCCGUCAGCCGGCAUGGACCAAGCAUUAAGAGGAAGAGGAGCCUCGCCGGCUUGGACAGUAGUCCGGGCAGUGGAAUUGGCGCCGACGAGGACCAAUCGAUGCUCGAGACGGAGAAGAAGAGACAGCCGGGAGUGAAGCGAGCCUGCAACGAGUGCCGCCAGCAAAAAUUGCGGUGUGAUGUGGUACAAGACCCCUUUCAGAGUUGCUCAAGGUGCAAUCGCCUAAAGCUUGACUGCAAGAUCGAGUCAAAUUUUAAGCGCGUAGGCAAGAGGUCCAAGCACGCCGAGAUGGAAAAGGAGAUUGAGCGACUGCGGCGCAACUUGGCCCAAGCAAAGGCCCAAGGCUAUGUCAUGGACGAAGACGAGGAUAUGCAAUCGCAGCUCCAAUCGCCCGUGGCCAACAGCGCAUACUCCCACACUCGCAACCCCUCUCUCAUGGGCUCUGACGAAGCUGUCACUUCCCUCUUGACCCUCAAGAGGGGAGGCUCCUAUAGCAUGGCUACCCACUAUGCCUACGAACUCGAGACCGUUCGCCUGACCGAGCAGGAUGUCCUGGGACUGUUCCACGAGUUCUUCACCCAUUAUCACCCCUUCCUCCCGUUCCUGAAUCCGGACCAAUCACCUGACCUAUACUACCAACAGCAUUCUCUGCUCUUCUGGACUAUAAUCGCGAUAGCGUCCCGACGCUAUCGCGCCAAGCCCGGCAUCCUCCAUGAAUUAUCUGGGGGUCCCCUGAACCGACUACUCUGGGGCACCGUUGGUGAUGUCCCAAAUAGCUACUUCGUCGUCAAGGCUUUAUGUCUGAUAUGCACAUGGCCGUUGCCGACGAGCACCACAACCGCUGACCCCACUCACAUACUGGGUGGUGUUAUGAUGAAGGCAGCCACGGGCAUAGGACUACACCGCCCAAAUCAUACCCAGGACUUCUCUCGGGUUUCUGUGGAACUGAACAAGGAUCAGCUCCAUGAUCGAGUUCAAACUUGGGCUGUGUGCAACAUUGUGUCUCAGUCGAUAGGUACUGGGUACGGCCAGCCGGCGACAACGCUCUAUGACUGGACUCUCGCCAUACGCCCCGGUGAGGACGGCCCUUUCACGUUGCCGCCUGAGCUGGAGGCUCGACUGCGAAUCGAGCGAUUCUGUGACAAGGUGUCCAAAGAGAUGUACAGCAAUGCGAGCGACCCCAGAGGUGUGGCAGGCGAUGAGCAUCGAGCCAUGCUGAUGCGUGUAUAUCGUCGGGAUUUUCAGGAGUUGCAAGCUUCCAUUCUCUCGCAGCACUUGUCGCCAAUCGUGGAAGCGCACCUCCGAGCUGCGGCAGUGCACCUGCGCCUCGCUGGCUUCUUCGAUUCCAGCACCACCCCUGGCUACAUGGAUGAUCUGAUGGGGCUUUGGAGAACCGUGACAAGUUUUCUCGAACUUCUGUUCAAGGAGAACCACCAGCACAUACUCAUCUACGCCACAAGUUAUCUUCAACAGAUGCUCGUGGCCGCUGGAUUUGCACUGCUAAAGCUCAUGAGGUCUUUCUUCGCCAAGACGACCGGUGACUUCGAUAAAGGUCGGAUGUUGUUCCACCGGACCAUUCAGGCCAUCAGAGCCACCAGCGUCUUGGAUAACGAUCUUCAGUGGAGACUAGCCGAACUCAUGGUGCAGAUGUGGAACGGUGCGAGAAUGGAGAACGCCAACAACAUGUACCACGACAAGGACAGCGCCGAGGUCGAUGACAGCCUUCAACUGAAGGUGCGAUGCCGGCACAGUAUGAGUCUUGUUUUCGACUCCAUAUGGCGUUGGAGAGAAGAAUACCAGGCCCAAGGGCGUGGUUCACUUGAUUCUCUCAAGCAGCCAACUAAUCCGGACUCGGCUAAUGAGUCUUCAGCAUCUUCAACCCACCUGGACAGCACACUCAUGCCACCUCAACACAACUUGCCCAAUUUGAUGGCUGCUAACGGCGCAUUGACGCCGACGGCUAACAGUGGAAUGAACGCCGGCCCUAACAGCAUGAUCGCAGGCAUCGGAUAUGGAAGUGAUGCCAACUACGACUUCUUCGACCCGCAACACUGGAUGCUGGAUGGCCUACUGGAUUUCAACUACAACUUCACCCAACCACUCGAGGGCAUGUAG